CUGAUUCCAAGGCCAGAGGGCUGACGUGAGCCAGGGUAUAGAGGAGGAGAAUGCACUACAAUUCCCUGGCAGAUUAUUUCACCGAGCAAGGCGGAGAGGAGGAGAGCUAUGUUUGAAAGUGGGUAGGAUGGGUGCACUGGGUUCGAGAACAUCUGAGUCCCCAAUUAGGCUCCAAGCCCGAGUUGUCCUUGCCCUCCACCAUGAGGGCAAUGUCGAACCUGAGCACUCCAAUCCCCCUAGAUCUCAGGAAAUCUGAACCCUCCCCUCGUGGGGCCACCUUAACCAGCCCCAACCCGCAAGCUUCACCCGCCCCGGGGGCAGUUCCUGUCCUCCUUCCCCCCCAUCCGUCCGGAUCCUCGGGUUCCCGCCCCGGUCCUCCCUCUGGGCGGAGAGGACUGCCUGUGACCUGGGGCUGCAGCGCCCUGGGACCCCACUCUUCUUCUUUGCGCCUCACAGCACCCCCAGAUCCCCGCGCCCUGGGCUUCCAGGAUGGAGUUCUCGGAGUUGAUCCGUACUGGUCGCGCGGAGGCGCUCCUUCUGCCCGGUCCUGGGCAGUCCCCAGUGCGGGGCACCCUGUGUAUCACCAGCCACCACCUGCUGCUGUCCGCGGGGCACGGAAGCCCUAGCGACCUGUGGCUGCUGCUGCGCAACGUGGAUGCUGUGGAAAAGCGGGCGGCAGGAAACUCCGGCACCAUCACCCUGAAAUGUAAGGACCUGAACGUUCUGCAGCUGGAGAUCGAAGGCUUGGAGGAGACUCUGGACAUCGCUGGCUCCAUCGAGGCCUUGUCCUCGCUGGAAUCUGUCACCACUUCCUAUCCAUUCUUCUACAGGCCCCAGAGCCUGAAGCUGGGAGACGCUGAGGACCUGCAUCCCCCGGACCACUUCUAUCAGCAGGUGGCCCUGGAGACAAACGGCUGGCGCCUGAGCACAGUGAAUAGGGACUUCUACGUGUGCGCCAGCUACCCGACAGCUUUGGUGGUACCCCGCGGGAUAGGGGACGAGGUCCUGGCACGAAGCGCCCGCUUUCGCCAAGGUGGCCGCUUCCCUGUGCUCUGCUACUAUCAUAGUAUCAACGGAACGGUGAUGCUCCGCUCCAGCCAGCCCCUGCAGGGGGCCAAUCGACGACGCUGUGCAGAGGACGAGGAGCUGCUGAAGGCAGCUCUGGCCCAGGGCGGAGGGCGGGGCUUAGUGUUAGACACCCGCUCAGCCCAGGCGGUCAAACAGGCCCGAAUAACCGGGGGCGGCACGGAGGCCAAAGCCGCCUACCCGGGGUGGAAGCGGCUGCACCGGCCCCUGGAGAGGGGUCGGCCCCUGCAGGACAGCUUUGUGCGUCUGGUAGAGGCCUGUACAGACCCCUCACUGAGCAUGGAUCGAUGGCUCAGCCGCCUGGAUGGCUGUCGGUGGUUGACGCAUGUUAAGGAGGCACUGACCACUGCCUGCCUGGCAGCCCAGGGCAUGGAUAGGGAAGGGGUCUGUAUCCUGGUACAUGGGGCUGAGGGCACAGAUGCCACCCUCCUGGUGACCUCACUGACACAGCUCAUCCUGGAUCCCAAGUGCCGAACGCUGCGUGGCUUCCAAAGCCUGCUGGAACGGGAGUGGAUCCAGGCUGGCCACCCUUUCCAGCAGCGCUGUGCCCAUUCGGCCUACGCCCAGGGCCGCCCCAAACAUGAGGCGCCCAUCUUCCUGCUCUUCCUGGACUGUGUGUGGCAGCUGAGCCGUCAGUUUCCGCUGUCUCUGGAGUUUGGGGAAGGGAUGCUGCUGGCCUUGUUUGAGCACGCUUAUGCCUCGCCCUUCGGCACCUUCCUCUGCAACAGCGAGAAGGAAAGGUACCUGUGUGAAGUGAAGACAAAGACCCAUUCCCUGUGGUCCAGUCUGAACCAAUCAAAGGAGCGAAAGAGACUCUGCAACCCGAUCUACUCGCCCAACCCCCUGGCUUUGUGGCCCUCGGUGGAGCCCCAGAGCCUGCAGCUGUGGGCAGGUCUUUUCCUACGCUGGACUCGACCACCUGAGCCCGCCCAGGAGGCAUGGGAACAGCUCUGGAAAAUAGUGACAGAGAAAGAGGUGGCAGACCCCCUGUGAAGUCUCCAGCCUUCUCCACAUCCAGUCUUUGCUUCAGGCUUGCCAGACCCCAGGGUCCCCGGCUGGCUGCCUAAAAUACUGAAAGGCGAGGCCUGGACUGCAGUAGCUGCAAGGUUCAGUUGCAGGUACUCCCCACCUUUCACUUCCAGGGCCAUGGAGUAGAGGAAAGAGCUGACAAUAAACGGACCUGUGCUUGU